AUGUACUUCUCCAAGAUCGCCGUUCUCUUCGCCCUGGCCGCUACUGGUCUCUCCGCACCCAUUGAGGGAGCUGAAAAGCGCCAGGCCAAGCUUCUUUCCGUUCAGGACUACUCUCAGUUCCAAGUCUCUGACGGCACCGCUGGCAACGCUCUUGCUGAGGUUGCCCAGAAGUUCCCCGUUGCUCAGAUCAAGGCUGACCUUGCUGGAGUCAGCAAGGAUGACUUGGCCAUUCUCCAGGCGGCCCGCGUCGCCGCAGAGGGUGCCGAGACCGACGCCGGCGGUUUCAACGACGCCAUUGCCAAGGCGUCCGGAGCCGAUGCCGAUGCCCUGAAGGUCGGCAAGAUCAAGAACAAGGUGCUCAAGCUCCAGCUCGAGGUUCUCGCUCUCCAGGUGCAGCAAGCACAGGGCGCCAGCAACCAGGCCAAGAUCGACGCCGAGCAGAAGAAGCUCGACAACAACGUCAAGACCGACACGGCCUCCAAGGGCAAGACCAGCCAGAGCGUCUCGUUCAGCGCCACCUCCGCGCCCAAGGGCAAGAAGAACUAG